CGAUCUCUCGUUUCAACAUACAGCGCCUCGGCAGCUCAUCGCCAAUCGCCCGUCGCCCGCACGACGUCAUCGUGUUCUUAGACUGCAAUGUUCUGCGGAAUCCGACUAGAGAAAGGGCUGGAAGAAGGUGGGGACGGUUUUCACAAGUAUCACGGCAGCAACGAGCUUGCUGGUCAUGCUACUCAACGAUGCCGCCGGAACCCGCGGAGAUUCGACCACAGCUACUUAUUAGUCAGACAAGAAUUACCUCUCGGCGGAAGGCAGCGAAUACAUGUAAUGCGGUCAUGCGACACGACCAAGGAGGUCAAAGCCUACCAGCACAUUGCUCACUCGUCAGAGGAUCGCGCGAAAUAUCAGGGCUCCGUGUCGGACUCGGUUCGGCGGGGUAUUUACAGCGUUCUGACCUACGCUUCAGGGCAGCAGCGCGUGGGUGGCCGAUCCUGCAGGAGCCGGUCUAUGGAACAAACGACGUAUCAAUCGAGACGCCAACGGUGGAUCGAUUCGUACGCCCGGAAACCGGCGUAUGUAGAAUUAACUAAGCUUGCUUGGGGCCUUCGGUCCUUUGUUAUCUCUUUCGGCGGAGACAGACCAUACUGUGCCAUUCCACCCUGGAUCACUGUAAUGACGUUGGCUAUGCAGCUCGCUGGCGACAGGGCUUCCAUCUCGGAGUGCGCCGAGGCGAGUACAACACUGCGUCUAUUUCGUCCUCACUGAGUGUCUAACAUAUGCUCCGGCAUAUAGGGCUCUCCGAUCCUCAAAUGCCAAGGCAAUGUUGCACGCCCCAUGUCGGUGAGCGGGAUCAAAGGCUCAGUACGGUGAGUCAAACUAUCGUCACAUCGACUCGGACUCGCACGCGGAUGCUCAGACAGCCUCACUCUAUCUGAUUUCAUCACUCGGCUGGGCGAAGGAACCGCGAACAUCGAAGUGUCUCAUACGAC